UACACUCCCAGUUUAACACUCCCAGUUUUACACUCCCAGUUUAACACUCCCAGUUUUACACUACCAGUUUUACACUCCCAGUUUAACACUCCCAGUUUAACACCCCCAGUUUUACACUCCCAGUUUUACACUCCCAGUUUUACACUCCCAUUUAACACUCCCAGUUUUACACUCCCAGUUUUACACUCCCAGUUUUACACUCCCAGUUUAACACUCCCAGUUUUACACUACCAGUUUAACACUCCCAGUUUUACACUCCCAGUUUUACACUCCCAGUUUAACACUCCCAGUUUAACAUUCCCAGUUUUACACUCCCAGUUUAACACUCCCAGUUUAACACUCCCAGUUUUACACUCCCAGUUUAACACUCCCAGUUUAACACUCCCAGUUUAA